CUGAACCGCCGCGGUCGGCUUCCUGCGGUCUGUUGGGGGCGGGUAGUGACCGGCCCCGCCCUCGCCCAGAUUUCUCGCUCUUGGGAAGCACCCCGGAGUCUCCGAGAUUUGGCCCGAGUUGGCUGCUGACCUGCAGUCCGUAGGCGGUCUCCAACGGCGAUGGAUGGCGCCCACGAGAACGCCGCAGAGUCUAGCUCCUCUGUCCCCAGGUCCGAAGAGCCUGCCUGCUCGGCCGGGGGCCCCGAGGUGUUGCCUCCGGAGGAGUCGGAGGGCUGCGCCGGUUCCUUGGACGCGGCCCCCAAGAAACUCUGUGGCUAUCUAAGUAAAUUUGGCGGCAAAGGGCCCAUUCGGGGCUGGAAAUCCCGCUGGUUCUUCUACGACGAGAGGAAAUGUCACCUGUAUUAUUCGCGGACCGCGCAGGAUGCCAAUCCCUUGGAUAGCAUCGACCUCUCCAGUGCGGUCUUUGACUGCAAGGCGGACGCCGAGGAGGGGACUUUUGAAAUCAAGACUCCCAGCCGGAUUAUUACUCUGAAGGCCGCCACCAAGCAAGUGAUGCUGUACUGGCUGCAGCAGCUGCAGACGAAGCGCUGGGAGUUCCACAGCAGCCCGCCUGCGCCCCCCGCCGCCCCCGACGCCGCCCCGGCUGGGAACGGGCCCACACUGCGCCUCGAGCUAGAGCAAGAGGAAGAAGAGCUGGAGGACUUCCUGUCCCCUGUGCGAACGCCCCCUGGGCUUGUGGGCGCGGCGGCUGCCUUGCAGCCAGUGCCCACCAAGCCUUUGGCCCUGCAGAACAUUUCCCUCAAGCAUCUUGGAACUGAAAUACAUCAGCCUUUGGUGCUACCUGGCUCCUUCCUGCAAACCCAGCAUGCAUUGAGCCUUCACUCCGGGCGUGUGCAGCCAGUGCCAGGUGCCAAUAGGCACUCAGGCAGAAACACGAUGUACAAUAUUCGGAGCAACAGGCAGGCCCAAGGAACAGGCCACGGACCUCCAGGGGAAGAUCCUCCACUGAGUGCGGAACCUCAGAGGGCGGAGUGGCCCUUACCCUCCGACCCCGGCACCCCAGGGAAAGAUCCAGCGGAUUCUCCAAAGCCUACACCCAAAUCCUCUCUGACUGCCAAUCUCAUUCAGAAAGCCAAGCGCCCGAACAACACCUUUCCGCUCUUUGCCGAAGGACUCACACGGACCCGAACUGCCCAGGAAAAGAUUCUGGCCUUGGAGCAGCAGGUUCUGAUGCUCACCAAGGAGUUAAAGUCUCAGAAGGAGCUGGUGAGGAUCCUGCACAAGGCGCUGGAGGCUGCCCAGCAGGAGAAGAGGGCGUCCAGUGCGUACCUGGCCGCGGCCGAGGACAAGGACCGGCUGGAGCUGGUGCGGCACAAGGUGCGGCAGAUCGCAGAGCUGGGCAAGCGCGUGGAGGCGCUGGAGCGGGAGCGGGAGAGCCUGGCGCAGACGGCCGGCCUAAGGGAGCAGCAGGUGCAGGAGCUGCAGCGGCAUGUGCAGCAGCUCCUGGAGAAGAACCAGGCCAAGCAGCAGGUCAUCUGCAAGCUCUCCGAGAAGGUCACCUGGGACUUCACGCAUCCACCUACCCAGCCGCCUGUGCCCCUGGGGGCUGCCGACAGGGACUUCCUGAGCCAGCAGGAGAAGAUGGAACACCUGAAGGAUGACAUGGAAGCAUAUCGGACCCAGAACCGCUUCCUCAACUCUGAGAUCCACCAGGUCACAAAGAUCUGGAGACGGGUGGCUGAAAAGGAGAAGGCCCUCCUAAUGAAGUGUGCCUACCUCCAAGCCAAGAACUGCCAGGUGGAGAGCAAGUACCUGGCUGGGCUGCGGAGGCUGCAGGAGGCCGCAGGGGGUGAGGCCACCGAGAGCUCAGAGCUGCUGCGGCAGCUCACCCAGGAGGCGCUGCAGUGGGAGGCCGGGGAGGCCUCGGCUGACGGCGUGGAGCUGAGCCCCAUCAGUGAGUAUGAUGAGUAUGGCUUCCUGACGGUGCCCAACUACGAGAUGGAAGACCUGAAGCUGCUGGCCAAGAUCCAGGCCCUGGAGGUGCAUUCCCACCACCUGCUGGCCCAUGAGGCCGUGGAGCGGCCACUGCGGGAGCGCUGGGCUGCCCUGGGUGAUCUUGCACCCUCAGUCGAGCUCAAGCAGCUGCUGCGGGCGGGUGUGCCCCGAGAGCACCGGCCGCGUGUCUGGAAGUGGCUGGUCCAGCUCCGUGUCCGGCAUCUGCAGAGCCCCGGCCACUACCAGGAGCUGCUGAGCCGGGGCCAGGUCCGCGAGCACCCUGCUGCCCGCCAGAUCGAGCUGGACCUGAACCGUACCUUCCCCAACAACAAGCACUUCACCUGUCCCACCUCCACCUUCCCCGACAAGCUACGCCGGGUGCUGCUGGCCUUCUCCUGGCAGAACCCCACCAUCGGCUACUGCCAGGGCCUGAACAGACUGGCGGCCAUCGCUCUGCUCGUCCUGGAGGAGGAGGAGAGUGCCUUCUGGUGUCUGGUGGCUAUUGUGGAGACCAUCAUGCCGGCUGAUUACUACAGCAAGACGCUGACGUCAUCCCAGGUAGACCAGCGGGUGCUCCAGGACCUCCUCUUGGAGAAGCUGCCCAGGCUGAUGGCUCACCUGGGGCAGUACCGUGUGGAUCUCUCCUUCCUCACCUUCAACUGGUUCCUCGUGGUCUUUGCAGACAGUCUCAUCAGCAACAUCCUUCUCCGGGUCUGGGACGCCUUCCUAUAUGAGGGCACCAAGGUGGUAUUCCGCUAUGCCUUGGCCAUUUUCAAGUACAACGAGGAGGAGAUCCUGAGACUGCAGGAUAGCCUGGAGAUCUACCAGUACCUGCGCUUCUUCACCAAGACCAUUUGCAACAGCCAGAAGCUGAUGACCAUCGCCUUCAACGACAUGAACCCUUUCCCUAUGAAGCAGCUGCGGCAGCUGCGGAGGGCGCACCGGGAGCGGCUGGAGGCUGAGCUGCAUGAGCUGGAGCAGCUGAAGGCCGAGUACUUGGAGACUCAGAGCUCCCGGGGCCCCGCGGUGCCAGACGGUUGCACCAGUGAGGACGAGGGGGAGGGAGAGGCCUGACUUGGCCACCUGCCUUCCCCAAAGCCCUUUCUCCCCUUUGACUGUCAGACCCCCCAGGAGGAUGGCCGAGGAGCAGUGGUCCAGCCGGUGAACCCCAGCACCACGUGACACUGGGCAAGUCCUUUCCCCUCUCCGGGCCUCAGUCUCCCCAUCAGAACAUUGUCUGCUGUGAAGCCACUGGUUAAGACUCGUGAGCACAUACCCAGGGUGCCAGCCCUUCCUCACUUCUCCACAGAGCACGUUAGCACACAGACGCAAUAAUGCUGUCUUGUGGGGUAACCUGGACAUUCUAAGUUUUAUCUGUAUAAAACAAUGUACAUAUUGAAAACAGUU